AGGCCUAGCUUACAAACAUGGGCGUUCCCUCUCAAGAGGUAGAAGGAGAAAUGCCGGCUAAGAAGGGAAGGUUAGACCAGGGUAAUCAUGCUCCAGCUCCCGAGCCUGCAAGUGAGAAUGCUGUACAACCAGUUAUCAGCAACAUGUCAGACUACACAAUAACGGAACUGUUAGGACAGAGUGAUGACGGGAAGGUGGUCUUCACCAGGGGUGUUAUCUCCGGGCUGGAGGGUCCUGCUGUCGUCCUGUUUGAAACUAACAGUAUUAAUCUGGAGCGUGUCAAGUUGUUCCUCUCCGAACUGUCUGUGGUGAAGUUGACGAUGAACAACGACAUAUUCAACAUAUUCCAACUUGAUCCCCCGACUGGAACCAACUCCAUCAAAACUACUGUGAUCCACCCGGCCACCCAGAAACUAAUCAACAAGUUCACCACCAAACCAUCCUACUUCGUCACAGAAACCCCCCAGAUAUACCAGACAAUCACUAAACCAUACAUCCUUAACCAUCUGGGCGAUCACAAAUGGGUGUAUAACAUUCUAGAAGGGAGAGCCGAGCAAGACAGAAUACUCUGCAAAAAUGAGGAUGAAAAUGAGGGAUUCGUCUUAGCUGCGGACUUGAAAUGGGAUAUGACUACUGUAGAAAAUAUGUACUGUUUAGCGAUAGUGAAGCGGCGGGAUAUCUACUCAAUCCGCGAUCUUAACCAAUCCCACCUACCCAUGUUACGUAACCUACAAGAAACCUGCCUUGCUACAAUAAAGGAGAAGUUUGGGAUCCCCCGCUCUUUAGUGCGGGUAUAUUUCCACUACCAGCCCGCCUACUAUCACCUCCACAUUCAUUUCGCGCACAUGAGAUACCAGGCAGGAGCCCCUGUUAUUGGCAAGUCUGUAGCUGUUAAUGAUGUGCUGCAGAACAUUGCACUGAGUAGUGAGUAUUAUAAGAACGCUACUCUGGUUUACUAUAUCAAGGAUGGGCAUGCACUGAGCGUGGAACUGGAUAAACACAAACUUGUUGUGAGAGAGUGACAACUUGUUGUUCUACAGAUCUCGUCAUCUUGUAUUGAUCUUCCAGCCAGUUUUAAUUGUUUCAAAUUAUUAUUUAUAAGGAGCUGCACCACGCCCAUACAUUUUUACUCAACCGCAGAUUUUAUUUCGCCUUUCGUAAUAAUUUAUCAACGGUCCCUUAUCGCUUUAUCGUAUGUCCUAAAGAUAACCUAAACGUAUUGCAUGACCGGCCUUGAAAUCAGACUCUUGAUAUUGCGUUUGUAAUGUUUUCUCCCUUUAGUCGACUUUUAAAAUUUUAACUCGUAAAAAAUGACGAUGCUCCAGGACCUAGUUUUAACAUUUUGUCACUCAUUUUUUCUUAAAGUCCACGUUAUAUCAGGUAACACACAUCGUUUAUCGAGCAAUAUCUCAUGGAAUUGUGAACGCCCUACCUAUUACGUUAGGGUAGUUACUGUUACUCUGUUAUCAGGAUGUUAUAAUAUUUGGUUAAAUUAGCUUCCAUACCACUUUAGUGUAGUUAACACAGGUAAUUAGAGCCUGCUACACGCAGCUUUACACUUGGUAUUACUCGGCUGGUCCGGCGCUCAGCACCGUCUUGUUAUCUUGCACCGUAUUGUAACUUGUAACUUGUCUUUUGGUUGUAACAAGAGCUCCUGAAUGCGUACUUUAGUCUUGCGUUUUGUCUUGCGUUUUUGCUUGACGAACAGAUUUAAUAAUAAUAAAUUUCAUAUUUUCUUACGAUAUUUUUGUUUUAUUUGUGCCUGUAAAGACGGUCGGGUUUAAAGUUUAGUGUUAGUCGUAACUUGUCACUGUAAACACAGUUAGUUCUGUUGUGAGCUCAGGAUUUUCUACAACGACUUUUGGCACUCCUUGUUACAAUUAUUUUAGUCAAACCCUGUUACCAUUGUGUCGUGGAAUAGUUAAUUGGUUUAAAAUUAUCGUGACAUAUUAUAUUUUACGUACGGUUUCACUUUUAAUUUGUUAUUUUUUUGUUUGCGCUAUAAUAAUUAAUUUUAAUAAAUAUUAUUAUUCACGAGCUGAACUACUGAACUAGCUCUAUCUUAAAAUAUCGCCCAGUUAUUGUUAUUGUAUGUAUUAUUUUCAAAUUCUAAAUUUAUUAUCAGUUAACAGUUUCGACUUAAAAUUG